AUGGGAAAAGAGAAGCCCACUUCGAAAUCAGUGGAUCUUGGAGGACCUAGAGCGAGAAGCAUAAAUUUGAAUCCACAGCCGUAUAUUCAAAGUCGCGGGCGUAAGUACAAACCCGCAGAUCGCGAUUACUCAGGUUCACCACCAAUUGAAAGGACACAGUCCUGGGAGUGGAAAGAAGCUCAAAAAGAAAACUUUCCUCCAGAGGACAUUUAUGAUAAAGUUUCGGAAUAUGUCACCUUGUCAAAGUUAUACUUUGGCAAAAGAAAACCUCAAAGAAGUCGAACGUCAAUCAUCUCAAAACAGUCAUCGCUUAACCACGCAAAACCAUUUUAUCCGGCAGGAUCUCCUAGGUCCCCUUUAUCUGAAGAGCACGCUGCCAGAGUUGCAUUUGCCAGGUGGAUUUAUCAACUGCCUACAACAACGAGAGUUCGAGCAGGAAUCUUCGCUACAAAAGCAGGAACGGAAAGAUUCUACUUCGGUGAUCGUCUUGAAGCCGGCAUGGGAUACCCCUUCCAUUAA